GCGGCGCUCGCCGCCCACCGCCGCCGGAACAAAAGGGGCGGCCGAAGGUGGCGGCGCUCUGCGCCCGCCCGCUCCCGCCGCGCUCCGCCACCAUGUCCGGCAGCGGCGGCAGCUCGGCCGGCAACGCCGUGAAAAAGCGCAGCCCCGCCGGCUCCAACGCCUCGCUGGCGCACGAUGAGGAGAAGCAGGCGAUGGAGAAGAUGCUGGAGGCGGCUCAGGAGAACGGCUGUGCCCGCUCGCCGUCGCCCAGCGCCUCGGCGGAGGGGGUGACCCUGCAGCGGAACAUCACCCUGCUCAACGGCGUGGCCAUCAUCGUGGGCACUAUCAUCGGCUCGGGCAUUUUUGUGACCCCCACGGGGGUGCUGCGGGAGGCCGGCUCGCCGGGGCUGUCGCUGGUGGUUUGGGCCGUGUGCGGCGCUUUCUCCAUCGUGGGCGCUCUGUGCUACGCCGAGCUGGGCACCACCAUCACCAAGUCCGGCGGGGACUACGCCUACAUGCUGGAGGUGUACGGCUCCCUGCCCGCCUUCCUCAAGCUCUGGAUAGAGCUGCUCAUCAUCCGGCCCUCCUCGCAGUACAUCGUGGCCCUGGUGUUCGCCACGUACCUGCUCAAGCCCAUCUUCCCCACCUGCCCCGUGCCCGACCAGGCUGCCAAGCUGGUGGCCUGUCUCUGUGUCCUGCUGCUCACGGCUGUCAACUGCUACAGUGUCAAGGCUGCCACGCGUGUYCAGGACGCCUUCGCUGCUGCCAAGCUGCUGGCACUGGCACUCAUCAUCAUCCUGGGCUUCGUGCAGCUGGCCAAGGGUGAUGUGGAGAACCUGAGCCCCGAGAAAUCCUUCGAGGGCACCAAGGUGGACGUUGGGAACAUCGUGCUGGCCCUGUACAGCGGCCUCUUUGCCUACGGGGGAUGGAAUUACUUGAAUUUCGUGACGGARGAGAUGAUCAAUCCCUACAGGAAYCUUCCUCUGGCCAUCAUCAUCUCCCUGCCCGUGGUCACGCUGGUGUACRUGCUGACCAACCUGGCUUACUUCACCACGCUGAGCACCGAGCAGAUGCUGACCUCUGAGGCUGUGGCYGUGGAUUUUGGGAACUACCACCUGGGUGUGAUGUCCUGGAUCAUCCCUGUCUUUGUGGGGCUGUCRUGCUUUGGCUCUGUCAAUGGAUCUCUCUUCACUUCUUCCCGGCUGUUCUUCGUGGGAUCCCGGGAGGGGCACUUGCCUUCCAUCCUGUCCAUGAUCCACCCGCGCCUCCUGACCCCGGUGCCGUCCCUGGUGUUCACGUGUGUCAUGACCCUGCUCUAUGCCUUCUCCAACAACAUCUUCUCAGUCAUCAACUUCUUCAGCUUCUUCAACUGGCUCUGCGUGGCCCUGGCCAUCAUCGGCAUGAUGUGGCUGCGCUACAAGAAACCCGAGCUGGAGCGGCCCAUCAAGGUGAACAUCUGCCUGCCCAUCUUCUUCAUCCUGGCCUGCCUGUUCCUCAUCGCUGUGUCCUUCUGGAUGACACCCAAGGAGUGUGGCAUCGGCUUUGCCAUCAUCCUCAGUGGGAUCCCCAUUUACUUYUUCGGGGUCUGGUGGCAGAACAAGCCCAAAUGGGUUCUGCAGGGCAUCUUCCAAGCCACGGUGCUGUGCCAGAAGCUGAUGGAAGUGGUUCCUCAGGAAUCCUAGGCUGGAGGAGCAGGGACACUGAGCUCGAGGAAACGCACAACGAAAUUCGGAGAUGACGCACGGUCCUGAUCCCUCACUCCCAGAGCCCCACCGUCCCCAGGGCUCUGCUGUGCCUCCUGCACCCCUCUGAGCCCUCUGCUCGCCGUCCCCAGGGCUCUGCUGUGCCUCCUGCACCCCUCUGAGCCUGCAGCCCAGCCACAAGAAGGUCUUGGUACGAGCUGGAGCCAGAGGAGCAAUUCCCAGGGCAUUCCAGAGGGAUGCUGGGUCUGUGUGUGUGUAGGGGCUGUGCUGGGCUCGGGGGGAUCUGUGCUUUGGGUCUGGGGUCUGCUGGAGCCUGGGGGGUGUUCUGAGAGCCUGGGGGGUCACAGGGACUGAGGGGGUCCUGAACUGCCUGGCCUGGCCUGGGGGAGGUUGGGAGGGGGAGGUUUGGCUGAUGUUGGCUCACCCCCCAAACUCACACCCCAUGUGGGGCACCCAGGGGCAGUGGGACAGGCAGAGGGGAUUGGUGACAUUAGGGGCUCUGUCUGGCUGUCCCUGUGUCCCUCCCCUGGGCCCUGCCACCCUCUGGGUUUGGAUCAGUGCUCUGGGUUGGGAGGCACCUUAAAUCCCACCCAGUGCCACCCCUGCCAUGGCAGGGACACCUCCCACUGUCCCAGGGUGCUCCAAACCCUGUCCARGGGACACUUCCAGGGAUSCAGGGGCAGCCCCAGCUGCUCUGGGCACCCAAAAUGYUCUGCUCCUCCUCCGUGCACCAGCCCUGGCUCAAUGAGACCCCUCAGCACCACCCUCCUGUUCCAGGAGCCAUCCUCCAGCACCACCCCUGAUCCCAACAUGAAAUCCUGGUUUGCUCUCAUGGGUGGUGCCCUCCCAUCCCUGAAUUCCCAUAGCUCCCAGCACUGUCCCUUAGGGACAUCCACAGUGUCACCCUUUGGAAAUCUGCAGUUCCCUGUGCUCAUUGUGCCUCUGCUCUSUGACACCCUCAGAAUUCCCAAGCCUCUUUUAUCCCCCUGGAGCUGCUUCGCUGUGUCUGUCACAGAUCUGUGUGCUCGUGCUUCGUGCAGGUGGCUUGGUGAACCAUUUCCCCUUUUUGUUGCACACUUGGCCGUUGGGAAGCCGGGCUGCUCCGGGAGCUGCCGUUCCCACUGCGUUCUGCUCACGGUGUGGGGAUCUUUGGGAUGAAGAACAUCCCAAAGGGAAGGACACCCCAGAACAGGCUCAGGUCCUGGGGAGCCCUGCAGCAGCCCAGGGUGUAGAGCAGGGGUGGUUCGUGCCCAGCUUUGGGGCCAUACCCAGCUAUGGGGCCAUGCCCAGCUUUGGGGUUGUGCCCAGCUUUGGGGUCAUGCCCAACUUUGGGGUCGUGCCCAACUUUGGGACCGUGCCCAGUGCAGCUCCUGCUCAAAGCAGGAACAGGAGACAAUCAGCUCUUCAUUCCAUGGCAGCUGGGGUGGAGAUUCCCUCCUGUGUUCAUCCUGGGAAUCCCUCCUGGGAAUCUCCACAGGGCAGACCCCAAAGUUUUUGGCCAGUGCCUGACUGUUCAGGGCCUCUGUGCAAUGAGUUGGAGCAUCCCAUGCCURUGGAGAGGCUUUGGUGUAAAUAAGGUCAGGAAUUACAAAAUCUGAACUCAGUUUUUGGCUUCUGGCAGCUGUGGGCUGAGGUUUGAGCAGUGAUGGGGAGUCCUCGCUCCUGCUGGRAUUGUUCUGUGGACAGGGGAGCUCAGGGAUCACCUGAGCCACUCGAGGUCUGGAUUUUUUGGCUGUGAGGUUUCAGGGCCUGGGCUCAGCCUGGGGGCUCUCAGUGACCAAAGCCACCAGCACAAUCCCUUGGGAUGCAAAGCAGAGGCAUUGGGAUCUCAGCCACCUCAACCCAAAGUCAGCUGGCACCAAGGGCCCUCCAGAGAGAGCUCAGGCUUGGGGCCAGACCUCCCAAAGGUUUGUUUGGACACAUGGUCCAGCAGGAGAUGGCCAUCACCUCACAGGGUCCUCCUGRUGACCCUCCCACACUGUUUGAAAGAGGAGCUAUCACACUAAAAAUCCCUUUUUUAAAUGAAAUAACGGAUUUAAAUUCAAUCCUUAACCUGCUCGCUUCGCUUUUUAUGGAUUUCCAUGAUUGUUCACUUGCUGCUGAAGAUCUCUGUCCUGUACUAACCCGAGGUUCUGCACUGAUCCCCUGGGGAUCUCCUCAGCAUCUCCUUGGCAAUAGAGGUUCAGGAAGAAMCUGAACCAAGUACCAGCACAGAGCCACAAAAACGCUGAAUUUGGUCAGCCACAGCUCACAUCUCAAAAGUUCUCUUCCAAAAACCCAAUUUCUUUCAUCCCAGAGUUGUUGCCCCCAUAGCUGCCCUCACCCAGAUCUUGGUGACGUGGCUGGAAGAAUUGGGUUGGUUUGUCCUGGAGAUUUGGGAGAUGAUGAGGGAAGAGGUAAAACUGAAUUUCAUUUUAUAAAGCAAAGACAAUGAAGUUCCUGCAGUUGAGGAAAUGGCUGCCAGCAGCCUCUGCUGUCCAGGGUUGGAUCAGCCACCAGCUGCCCUCAGCUCACGUUGUUCCGAUGGAUUUUGGUUUGGAAAGGGAGAGCACAUCCCUAGGAAAGCUCUCCUUGCUGCUCAUUGUCCUCAAAGGUGGAGUGAGUUGUGUUAGGGAGGGCAGGGGAGCCACACAGAGCCCCCAGGAUGGUUCCCAGCACCGAGCUGGGAUUGUUCCUGGUGUUUCUCCAUCACUCCCUUUGCAGCUCGUGGUCAGUCCCAGCUCCUGAAUSCACUGAGGGGAUAAACCCUGCACCCACAAUGUUCUAAAGGAGGUUCCAUGGGAAUCUCUUCCAUGUGACAGCUCCUGCAGUGCUGCCAGAGCUGUUGUGUCCGUGGAGUUCAGGAUGGAAAAGACCUUGAAGGUCACGAGGCCGUGCUGCAGCCACCCCGUGCUCCUUGGGCUGACCCCUUUGCUGUCCUCUCUGGUUGUUUUUGAGCCCAGGCUCCCAGGCAGGUGCUGUUUGGGGUGUUCACGGAAUUGCAUCCCACAGGGAUUGCUAAACAGAGCGGGAGCUGCUGCCCAGGCGCUUCCGUACCCGUUGGGUUCCUCUUUCUAAAUGAGAAAUCUUCCUCCAGCUGGGAGAGGAACCAGCCCUGCAAAAAUCGAGGAUUUAUGUCAUCUUGGUGGAUUUUUAAUGGCUUUUUUUUUUUUUUUAAACUUCCUGCAGAAAUUUGCAGUGUUUUCCAUCUCAGACACCGUGUUCUGGUAAACAGGCUUUUGUUUGGGAGGGCCCCCUCGGUGGCCACGGAGUUCAAAGGGACUCUGGCACAGUUGAACAGACUUUAAAGGCCCUUCAGCUGGACUUUGUUGUUCUCCAAGCCCUCUCCCAGUGGGUGGCUCAGACAAGGGRAUAAAUUGGGCUCCUCUGAGGGCUGCUGGUGGUGGGUCUGGGCAGAGCACAGCUCUUCCCUGGAGCUGGGACUUCCCAACCCUGGACAGAUGUUCUUGGGGCAGARUCGUGGUGUGGCUGCAGGGAAUCCCAGGGAAUAUUUCCACUCUGAGAGGUACCUGUGCCUUCAACCGAGGCCACGGCGCUUUUGGGCUUUAAUGAGAAAUCAAAUUGAGAAUAAAAAUCCCUGUGGAAACUGCCAAACGCUGCCAUUGCACAGCGCUCCCGCGGGAUUCCAGCUCUUCCAGCAUCCWUUGUGCUCUCCUGCCAUGAGAGGGGAGGGCAUUGGGAAAGCAGAGCAGCUCCCAGGGCUUGGGAAAGGGCAGCACAAGGGCACGGUGGCUCCAUAUCCCGGGGCUGGGGCUGAGCUCUGUGACUGAGCCCAGUGUUGAAUCCCAUCCUGGCUCUGGGAUGAGCCUGACCAAGCCCAGCUUUGAAUGCCAUCCCAGCUCUGGGAUGAGCCUGACUGAGCUCAGCAUUGAAUGCCAUCCCAGCUCUGGGAUGAGCCCAACCAAGCCCAGCAUUGAAUGCCAUCCCAGCAUUGAAUCCUAUCCCAGCUCUGGGAUGAGCUCGACUGAGCCCAGCAUUGAAUGCCAUCCCAGCUCUGGGAUGAGCCCAGCAUUGAAUCCCAUCCCAACAUUGAAUCCCAUCCCAGCUCUGGGAUGAGCCUGACUGAGCCCAGCACUGAAUCCCAUCCCAGCUCUGGGAUGAGCCUGACUGAGCCCAGCAUUGAAUCCCAUCCUGGCUCUGGGAUGAGCCCCAGCCAGCCACACUUGGCUGCCAACCAGGGAGAGCCCUGCAGGGAUGGCAAAAUGCUCCCUCAUCCCUGCCAGGACAUCCCAGGACACCUCGGUGCUGAGGAUGCUCCAGGGGCUCCUCGUUCCUUCAGGAGUUCCAACAACCCAGGAUUCUGCUGGGUUUGCCUGGGCUCGAGUUCUUCCAGCUGGAACUGGAGCUGGGUUGGGAAUGUGAGUGGGGGACGCUGCUGGUGGAACUGAGAGCUCCCAGUUUGGUGAUGCUGUGGUAGGAAAUGUGGCUCGGGGUCGAUGAUCCCAAUAUCCAGAGGAUUAUUUUAUGUUUUCCCCCAUCCCCAGUUCCUUUCCUGAGAAGGGGUGCUGCUUCCUCCAGCUGUUACAAGGUGAUGAGGAAAAAGAGAAGUAUUUUUUUAAACACUGAAUUAAUUUCUAAACUGCCUGAAAGAGAGUUUAUAGCUCCACCUGACCCUUCCCUGACGUUCAGCCUGGUGCAGGGGCUCUCCCCAUCCCCAUCCCUGGGAUGUGCCUGGCUCUGCCUGCRCUGGGAUCAACGUCAAACACGGGGAAAAAAAAAUCCCUUCUUUGUUCUGAGGAUGGGGAGGUCCAGGUCCCACCAAAACCCUUGGAGAGGGAGGAUUUUGGAUGGUACCCAGACCUUGCUCCGACCUUCAGAACAAAGGAAGGGUGUCCUUCUUCACUCCUGGUGAAGARUCUGACUUUUCAGAGACACUUUGCUUUGUAUUUUUGUUGGUUUUUUU